GCAGGAUACUGUGUAUACAUAAACUCACACAUGUUGUGACACGAAAAUUGUUUAAUGGAUUUGUUUUGUGGAAAAGCAGAACCAAUGAAGAGGAUAGCCUGACUUCCUCAACACCUCUGACAACAUGUCAAAACGGCCAUCCUAUGCCCCUCCCCCUGCCCCAGCCCCUACCACACAAUUGCCCACCACCCCAGGCUUUGUGGGGUACAACCCAUACAGCCAUCUGGCCUACAACAACUACAGGCUGGGAGGGAACUCCGGCGGAAACAACAGGGUAAUGAAUUCCUCAGGGAUCACCGUUCCCAAGCCUCCCAAACCGCCAGACAAGCCCCUGAUGCCAUACAUGCGGUACAGCCGGAAGGUAAGCAGGAAGGUUUGGGACCAGGUGAAGGCCUCUAAUCCUGAUCUGAAGCUAUGGGAGAUUGGGAAGAUCAUUGGUGGUAUGUGGAGAGACCUUUCUGAUGAGGAGAAGCAGGACUACUUGAACGAGUACGAAGCAGAAAAGAUUGAGUACAAUGACUCCUUGAAGGCCUACCACAACUCCCCCGCAUACUUGGCCUACGUCAAUGCCAAGAACCGGGCUGAGGCGGCACUGGAAGAGGAGAACCGACAGAGGCAGUCUCGCCUGGACAAAGGGGAGCCCUACAUGAGCAUCCAGCCCGCAGAGGACCCCGAUGACUACGACGAUGGUUUCUCCAUGAAGCACACAGCUGCAGCCCGUUUCCAGAGAAAUCACCGCCUCAUCAGUGACAUCCUCAGCGAAAUUGUCGUGCCAGACGUCCGCUCGGUUGUCACAACGGCUCGUAUGCAGGUCCUCAAGCGCCAGGUCCAGUCCCUCAUGGUGCACCAGAGGAAGCUGGAAGCCGAGCUGCUGCAAAUCGAGGACCGACACCAGGACAAAAAGAGAAGGUUCCUGGAGACCACUGAGUCUUUCAACACUGAACUCAAACGGCUGUGCGGUCUGAAGGUGGAGGUGGACAUGGAGAAGCUGGCGGCGGAGAUGGCGGCGGCCGAGGAGACUGCGCGUCGUCGGGCAGAGGAGCGGGAGAAGGAGGCUGCCGAGCAGGCAGAGAAAGCCGCGGCGGCGGCCGCUGCAGCCGCCGCCCAGCAGCAGGAGCAGCAGCAACAACAGCAGGCUGCGGCCGCCUCCACAGCCUCCACGGCCUCCACUCCACAAGCCAACUCUACCCCUGAGCAGAGCCCUGGGAGCAAGGAGGCCGAGGACAAGCCAACACCCAUGGAGAUAGAUGAGGCCCCCAGCGAGGCUGCGGAGAGUCAGCCGGCCGAGGUGGCCGAGGAGAAGGCGUCCCCUGCCGCUGCCCCGGAGACCCCCACCGCCCCUGAGCCGCCGGCGGGGGAGGGGGCCACACUUGAGGGGACCAACGACAGCAACGCCUCGUCUGAGAGCAGCAACAGCAGCAGCAGCGCCAGUGGUGGAGGCAGCACCUCAACCCCCACCACCACUAUCACCACCACCACUAACAACAACAACAACAACAACAACAGCAAUGACAACACCCCCACCACCCCCAACACCCCCCCUACUGGACCAGGAGAAGCCAUCCCUCCACCUGAGCCUCCAGCACCCGAGGAACGGCCACCCCCACCCCUCCAAUAACCUACAGACACACCCCUCCAAUAACCUACAGACACACCCCUCCAAUAACCCCCCACACACACACACACCCCCAUCCCUCCAAUAACCCACUCACACCCUUCCCUCCCUUUUCACAGCCAGCACCUCCUAACAUCAGACCCCCCAAACUCUUUAACAAAUGCCUUCUUUCAGUUGUCUCUUAACUUAAAGGUGCUCCUUCCUGCUUAAGUCUAGUGUGUACACACACUGGUUUUAUUUAACUUGAUAAACAGGGACUAGUUAA